AUGCAGCUCCUGUGCGACGCUGUCUCGGCGUGGAUGGCUACAACAGGUCUUCCACUUUCUGACAAGACUUCCUUCCUGGUGAUGCGGCACGGGGGGUCUCACAAGACCGCCAUCCCGGCGUUCUUUACUAUUAACGGACGGCAGUACCCUUGCGGCAACCAUCCACACAAGAUUCUGGGGGUCACGGUUGAUCCUCCCCUCAACUUUGAGGAGGACGCUCGGUGCCGCGAGGCAAAGGUGCGGCAACUUUUGCCGCGCCUCAAGCCGCUCUGCGGGCGCCAGCACCCAACACGCGUUCGCCCGUAUGCAUGGGCAAUAGGGCAGGUCCUCCUAUACGGGUGCGAGGCCCGCACGCUCUCCUGCGCCGCCUCUGUGAUGUUGCAAUUGUCGAGCAGCUGGACCUCGGUCGUCAAGGCGGUGAUGGGACUGCCUAGCAAUGCGGGGAACGCCGACGCUCACCUCGACAACGCCUUCCUCUCGCUGGAGGCGUGUGCGCGGAGACGCAUUAUGAAGGCGGCGGCAGUUCGCGCCUCCCUGCCACGGUCGGCGGAGGACCCCGUACUGCGGGCCCCCCUCCCCCCUGCACCCCGUGCCGAACCUUCGCCCGCUGCAGUUUCAACGCGCUCCUCUGCCGGGGCGGAUCGACCGGGUGGAGUUUUAUCUCCCGCCUGUUCGCACGCCUCCGUCGGAUGCGACGGAACGGUUGCGACUCAUUGCGGGGCGACGAGCCCACUGCCAUGCGCACCUGUCCCGGUACGACACAGUCAUUGA